AUGGGAGAGAAAAAAUUUUCACAAGUUGUUAUUUGGGAUAAGGUAAUUUGUUGUGGUGACGAUGCACAACCUCCGCCAUUCUUCGGAGAAAUACCACAUAAUUGGUUAAAAGAGCAUGCUGAUUAUUACGAAGAAGUUUUAACUGAUUAUCUUGCAAAAUGUCCUAAAAAAUGUGAACGUCUCGAAAAGAAAUGGACUCUCUCAGAUCGUAUAUUAUCAGCACAUCGCCUAUCUCGAAGAAUUGCAUCACAAAAAUGUCUUGAACUCCAUCGUAUUAAAUAUCCAGAUCUACCGGUUCCACUAAUAUAUAGACCAGGAGAUAGACGUAAACAAAACUGCCUCGUUUUAAUUCCUGGUUCAUCUGAGAAACAAGAACUAGUAAAAAAUGAUAUAGUACAUUUACCAUUGAAUACAUUUCCUGAAAAGUUUAUAAAAGAUAUAUGUGCUUUAGCACUAACUCUAUUAUUAACUGAAGAAAAAAUACUUGAUUGGAAUUUGGGAUAUGCUAUGGCUGUGCAUACUAGUCAAGAGAUAAUGCUUGAAGCACCACAACGAGUUUGGGUUAUCGAUGAAUAUUUGGCGUGA